AGACCACCUCUCACAUGAUACGAUGGAAAUGUGGCUGACACGGUCGACUCUGGUGGUGUUACUCACAGCAGUCUUGGUGAUAUCAGGUCAAGCUCCUGUGAUUCUGGAUGAGAACAUCAGAGAAGAGAGAGUUCCUUCUGGUUCCUCUUUGACUUUCCACUGCCGUUUGAGGACAGAGAACCAUUCCAGACUACGAGUGGUCUGGUAUUUCAAACGCUCUGGAUCUUUGGUCAAUGAUUCACUCAGAAUACUACAUGAAGACAUGGUUAACAAGUCUGCAAGGACCUCCACCGUGGCGUCUAACUUGAAGGAUGAAGGGCGAGACACUGAGGGGACUUUGGCGGAGUACACUUUAUCAAAUGCAACAGAGGAGAACAGCGGAUGGUACUUUUGCAAAGUCAUAAUAGAGAUUCCCUUUUUAACCAAAAAGUGGAGCAAUGGAACAGAAGUAGUUAUUUCGAAGAGCAUCGAACACACAACGUACCCGUCACGACCCAUAGUGACAGCUAAACAAGCUCCCACAGACGGCCUCCCCAUCAUCGACCUCUGGAUGUGGAUCAUACUGGGGGUGUCUGCUUUCAUCCUGAUCGUCCUCCUGGUCACAUGUGUCUGUCUGAGAAGGAGACGGCGCAGAAACAGAGGAGAAGAUCCUGUCUAUGCAAACACUCGUCCUCGGCAGCCUUCACCUCGCCCAGGGAUGGACAACCUGAAGACGGUUCCUUCCUCUCAACACCUCAGGAACCCGAGUCCCAGCAGGACCUACGAUGACGGCAAGCGAAGAUACAAACAUCCAAAGUGUGAUGGGACCUCAAAAACCUCCAAACCAGCUCAUCAUCAUCAUGUGUAGUUGUGGCCUGUAGCUGUGCUCACUGCAGUGAAACAUGAAUGAUGUCUUUUACAUUAUAGUUUUUGUUUUUUUGUUUGUUUGUUUAGGCUUUUCCUUUAAACUCUAAGUGUGUACCUUAUAGUUUGUGCUUCUUCUCAGGUAUUUCCUGUGAAAAUAUUUUGAGCCACCAGAUGGCAGAAGCUGUCAAUGAGUAAAUUCAAAAUAUUUUUUUUCUUUUAUUUCUUUUAUUUUAACAUGUUUGAAUAUGUUGCUUUC